AUGGGAUUACUUGCUUCUUCCCUAUUUGUUCUGCUUAACUUCCUGAUCAUAUCUUCCUCAACCGUAGCUUCCCAAAAAACAAACUCUUUUAGGCCAAAGGCUAUUGUGCUUCCAAUAACUAAGGAUUCAUCCUCAGGACAAUACAUCACCCAGAUCAGCCAAAGAACCCCUCUUAUUCCUGUCAAACUAACUAUAGACCUCGGAGGCCAAACUUUGUGGGUAAACUGCGACGAGGGCUAUGUUAGUUCAUCUUAUAAGCCUGCGAUUUGCGGCACUCCCCAGUGUUCUUGGGGAUCCGAUUCUAAAUCUCGCUCGAAAUCUCAGGCCUGUAGUGAAAGGCUUUGUUUCCUCAGCCCCGGACCAGGUUGCAACAAUUACACAUGCGGCACCUUUCCAUAUAACAGCAUAACUCACUCUAGUACAAUUGGAGAGCUUUUUACAGAUGUUCUGUCAGUCCAAUCCACUGAUGGAUCAAAUCCAGGCCGUAAAGUGACAACAAAACAAGUGGUAUCAACUUGUGGAUCUUCAUUCCUGGUGGAAGGUCUUGCUAAUGGAGUGAAAGGAAUCGCGGGUCUAGGCAGGGGGUGGAUUGGUUUUCCAACACAAUUAGCCAUAGCUUUCAGAUUCAGUCGAAAGUUUGCAGUCUGUUUAGGCUCAACCGGCGUUAUUUUCUUCGGUGACAGCCCAUAUAAUUUUCUUCAAGGGAAGAAUGUUACCAACUCACUCAGUUAUACUCCACUUCUCAUCAAUCCUGUCAGCACUGCCGGUGCUCAUUAUUUAGGGGAUUCCUCUGACGAGUACUUCGUCGGGUUGAAGUCUAUUUUAGUGUCCGGGAAACCCGUGUCGAUAAAUUCGACACUUUUGGCAAUCAAGAAAGGACAUGGUGGAACGAAAAUCAGCACAGUGGUUCCUUACACAGUGAUGGAGAGUACAAUCCACAGGAGUUUUACCAAGGCAUUUGCCAAGGCUUUUUCGGGAGUUCCAAGAGUCAAAUCAGUCGCGCCUUUUGGACUGUGUUAUAACUCGAGCAACUUAGGUACCACCAGAGUUGGUCCUCCUGCUCCAGUCAUCGAUUUUGUGUUCCAAAAUUCAGAUGUUGCUUGGAGGAUUUUUGGUUUUAAUUCAAUGGUGAGUGUGAAAAAAGAUGUUUUGUGCCUGGGAUUUGUCGAUGGAGGUGUGGAUCCGGAGACUUCGAUCGUGAUCGGACAGCACCAGAUUGUGGAUAAUCUCUUGGAGUUUGAUUUGGGAAGAUCCAGGCUUGGUUUUAGCUCAACACUCCUGCUACCCUUUGAUUCCCUUAUUCGAUUCAGGUGCGUGUCAAAAUCAUGGCGCGCUUUGAUCGACAGCCCUUUCUUCACCAAAACGCAUUCCAAAAGAUCCCUACAGUACAUCAACCUCAAUUCCGACAGUAAGAUUGUGGUCUCGCAGGGGACUCGAUUUCACGCUUUUGAUUCGGUUUGUAAACUUGGUGAUGGUUCUGGCUCCUUCAGGGCGGUAACCGGAGAACUCAACAAGCCCCCUUCAAAGUUCCGCAGAUACAGGCUCAAAUUCGUGGGGUCUUGUAAUGGUAUCAUUUGUCUGCAGAAUCAGAAAAAAGGUUAUCUCUCCUUGUGGAAUCCAUGGAUUCAAGAGCACUCCGAAGUGCCUUCUCCACCAUUUGAACAUCUCAAAGGUGUUGCAUUUGGGUAUGACCACAUCAAUGAUGACUUCAAAGUGGUGAGAUGGACUACUUCUUAUGACGAUUUCGAUAGUCGCUAUGAACUCUGCGUUUAUAGCUUGCAGCUGAAGUCAUGGAAGAAAACAAAGGGUUCUAUUCCGUUACAUCUGCCUGAGGGCGAAUACUACUACGGCUGCUUGCCUGAGAAUUAUGCUUUUCUAAACGGUGCAUUACACUGGUUUUUAAGAGAGCGCGGACCUUUUAACAACCACUUAAUCGUUGCCUUUGAUCUUGGAACAGAGGAGUUCCGGAAAAUUUAUUGUGGCCAAUUUCCCACCAAACCAUAUCUUAGGGGUUGCUUUCUUGAGAGAAAGUUGGUUGUGUUGAAUGGCCGCCUUUCUUUAUUCCGCUGUUUCAACGCCGUAGUACUAGGAGGGCAAUAUUAUGGACUAGUUGGUGACAUAUAUUUGAUGGAGGAUUAUGAUGGAUCAUCAAUUGAUGAACAGAGUUGUUCUUGGACAAAGUUAACAACCAUUGAAUUCCCUUCAAAUCUUAGAGCUGAUUACAGAUGUAAUUACAGGUUCACGCCGGUUGCCUUCUCAAAGAAAAUGGGAAAAAUCCUGUUGCAGGUUGAUUAUGUAAAGCUGGUGGUGUAUGAUAUUGAAGAUAAAUCAUUCAGAGAUGUGGAUAUAGGUGGUGAGGCGAGUUGUUUCACUUCCUGCACUUGUGUUGGAAGCUUUUGUUGGCCCUUGUGA